AUGCAAGCAGUCCAAGCGUCCCCCGAGGGCGCGCAGCCUCCCAACAACGCCUCGCCGCCUCGCCAAAAGGGCUCGUCCCUGGCCUCAAUUGCCAUAUCGUCUUUUGCUGCUUUUCGUUCCCAGUCCUCCCAAGCUGUGCCUGUCGCCGUCCAAUCCCCGGUCCGCAGGAAGCCCCUACCUGCAAACUCCCCCGUAGUUGGUCGAUUUACUGCCGAUCAACAAUCUAAGAACCCAUCAGCUGCCGCACUUGAUAGGGCCUCUGAUCUCCCUAUUGAAAAAGGACGCGCCCCCGAUAACAUCCUGUCGCCGCCGUUGAGUGACGAGGACCUCUUCCUGCCCCGGAACCUCGACGACAACCCACAUGGAAGGACGCCUCUGACGGCAGCCGCGCCCCGCCCAUUCUCUCAGUCGUCUCGUGCAAGCUCCCUCGUCGUCGCAAAGCGAAGUUCCAACAAACCUCUCCCAUCUAUCCCAUCUGCCGCGCGGCAUGAUCGAUCGGCCAGCGGCAUCACCCCCCAACGACAGAGCAGGACCGAGGCUCUAAAAGCUUUUGGUAUCCGGGGAGCACACGCUCGAUCUCCUACUAUGCCUAAUAUGCCCUUGUACAAUAACAAUCCGCAACCACCAGACCUCAAACUCGACCUUAACGGUGUAACGGAAGACUUCAUGGACGACUACAACUACGGUCCCGAGGACCCUUCACUCACAAGACAGAAUACAAAGCCCAAAUCACCAAGCGGAGGAGGGUUCACUUCCUUCUUUGGCUGGAACUCGCGUCCUCAGAACGGACCCGAGUCACCGGCUACCGCAUUCUCAGAACAUUCAACGCCCGAAUCCCCACGCUACAAACAGUCCAUGCCCUCCAAGACGAAACCCAACGGCCUGGACAUUCCAGCAGCCAAUUCACUCGGCUCCUACUUCAACGUGCCGGGAACUCCACUUCUAUCGUCCUCGCCCCAGAUGAACGCUCACGUAGAAGAGCUGGAGCGCGAGCUGCGUGAGGUGAGCUCCGAGCUUGCUGCCUCUAUCCAGAGAGAGAUGGAACUAGAAGAUGAGGUCGAACGCUGGAAAGCCGAAAGCAAUACUGCCAUGUCCGACAACCGAAGGACUAGCGACUACUACUCAGACUCUGGUACAAGCUCCAUCCGCUUUCCCAUCAGCGAUCCCGAAGCCAAACUCGAAGAAGUGGAGAUGCAGCGGAGGAAGGCAGAGCAGGAGCGCGCGUCGUUGAAAGUGCGCAUGGCAGAGCGCUUACAAGAAGAGCUGCGACGCCGACGAGACCUAGAAGAGCAAGUGCAACAACUCGAAGACCAAGUCACCGACAAGUCGAGAGCAGGAUCGAUGGUCGAAACGCCCAAGGUCAAAGAGCUCUCCAUGUCACUUGAGGACGCGAAGAGGCGCUUGGCUGAAGAGAGGCAGGUCAAGGAGAACUUUGAGGAUCUCCUCACGGCGCUCCGCGACGAACUAGAGAAGCAUCGCAAUGAGGCUGACAAUCUGCGAGACGAAGUGGUACCGCAACUCAGGGCGCGACUGGAAGUGCUCGAAGGCGAUGCCGCUGAUACAGAAAAGCUCGUGUAUGAGACUACGCGCAUGCAACAAGAGAUACAAAACCUACGGACGGAGAACGAGUCGCUCCUCAAGGCACGAAUGCUACAGCAACAAGCGCCACAACCUGUUCGAAUUCAGUCUAUCGCUGAAGACGCCGCAGAUCUUGCGCCUCUCCCAAAUCUGCGCGUCGGUUUGACCCGCUCCAACUCAUUAGCCCGCAGUUCCGCUGGCCUCAACUCAAAGAGGGGCUCGCUAUCAAGGUCCAACUCGGUCAAGGACCGAUCGGGUGAUAUAUCACCAGUUGGUGCACCAACAGUCACCAAUCCAAUGAAAGAGCUGGAAGAGCAGCGAGACGCGCUCCACAAGGCAUUAAAACAUUUAUUACAACGACAAGAACUGCAGCAGAAGGAAUUCCAGCGCCGCAUCAAAGAGGUAGAGGCAGAAAGGGAUGCCGCUCUGAAUCUUACACCCCGCCGAACUGCCUUCCACAAGGAAGUCACAGGCCUUCGACAGGAAGUCAACAACCUACGUCGCCGAGCCGAUGAAGCACUUGAACAAAAAUGGCAAUGCGAGAAGGGUCUUGGUGGACUACGGAUGGACCUAGAUCGUGCACAGCAAGAGACUGGUUCUCUCCGCGAGUUACUCCGUGAACAUGAUAUUUCGAUACCCGAAAUCAGGCUAGAAAACGAACCCUUGGCCUUGGACAAGGCCUAUAAUGAGUUACGAACCACUCAUGCUCUCUCGCUUGCUCGCGUUAAGCAGCUCGAGUCGAGCGAUGGAGAUUCACUCGGCGCUGCCGGUGCCGAAGCUGAAAGAACUUUGGACCUGUUGAAGCAGAGCAUAUCAGAUGCAGAGGCAGAACGGGAUUACGCCCAGAACGAAGCCGAGCAGUACCGCAAACAGGCUCGUGCUCUCCAACAGUCUGAGAUCGAGCACUUGGGCAAGGAACAGGAGCUUAGCAAAGAGCUGUUCGCUGCAGCCACGCGCAUGGACGAGCUCUCUGAUAAGAUCCAGCAGCAACUCACUGCCAACAGCGCUCUGCGGAGUCGUCUUACAGACGCCAUCAUGCGCGGCGAGCAGGACCAACGCAGGUCAACGGAGCAGAUUAUCCAGCUAGAGAAGCGCCUUAAGGCUGCCGAGGACAAAGUCAUGCUCGCGCAGCAGUCGUCGGAAGAAGCUGUUGCGCGCCACGAAGACGAGGUCCAAGCCAUCAAGGAGAGCCACACCAACCAUCUCCGCCGCGUCAAAUCUGGACUGCUUAGCCCUUCGGCCUUCUCACCUAGACUCCCGAGUUCUCCCGUCUUCUCACAAAGGUCUCCUCGUCUCGACGUGACGUCAAGCGGACCCGCUAUGAGCCUCGCCGAAGCCACCAAGACGGAGUCCCUUGAGAAGAGGGUGGAGGAGCUUGAGAGGGCGCUUAGAGAUGCAGAUCAUGAGAUGGAGGAAGUUGUUGGCAGAAUGAACAUGGCGCAGAUGGAGGUUGCUGAUCUUCAGUUUGAGAGGGACGAGGCUAUGCGCCAGACACGCAAACUCCAAGCUGAGAUUGUCGCCGAGCGCGAGAAAGUCAAGGCGCUGAUGGCUACAAGCGCGUAA